GUCUGGGUUUUCUCGAUGGGACCAGCCGUUAACAAGCACUUUCAUGUCAUUUUAACCAAUGCAGAGCGAUUGAGAAAUAGUGUAAAGGCAUAAAUGAUUAUUUGAGCCCAAUUUUUUUUAACGUUGUUGUUUGAAUGUGUGAAGUGUAAGUUUAAAAAAAAAGACGAUUUUACGUGAGGUAAAUUGCUUCAAAGCGAGACAGAACGCCAAAGUAUUUUGAAUAAGGAGUUCUGCCGUUGAUGAUCAUUUUACCUCAAUUAAGUCACGUUGCUGUGUUGCUCUAUAAGAUGAAGAAAUUAUUUGCCAGCUUCUCCAGCAAGAUGCGAAGACCAAGUGAUGCACCAGACCGUGGUGGUAAACUCACUGUUGGCUACAAGGUGAAAAAAAGGAAGAUGGAACAUUUCCACAAGGCUGCAUGGUUGGGUGAUAUGACCAAACUGCGGUGUCAUGCCAUGUGCAGUGAUGUUAAUCAGGUUGACAAGUACAAUAGAACUGCACUUCACCUAGCCUGUGCCAAUGGACAAGUCGGGGUGGUGAGUUUCCUCCUAGGGAAAAAAGCCAAGAUCAAUCUACGUGAUAACCAAAAUAGGACCGCCUUGAUGAAGGCAGUGCAGUGUGAUAAUGAUCUCUGUGUGAACAUUCUGCUGGAGAACAAUGCCGAUCCUGACCUGACGGAUGCAGACGGAAACACUGCUUUACAUUUGGCCUCGAAAAUCCCGUCAAUCUCCUGUGUCAUCUUGCUUGCGAAGAAGGAUGCCGACCUUAAUGCAAAAAAUCUGAAAGGCCUUUCACCCUUGAUAAUGGCAGUCCGAGGAAACCACAUGGGAGUCACUGAGUUGCUGUUGAAGAAAGGUGCUGAUGUUAAUAUUUCAGACAAACACCAGAGGACACCAUUAAUCAUAGCUGCUGGCAAUGGACAAAUGGACAUGGUGCAAAUGCUAUUAUGGUUCCAAGCAGAUAUUACACUGAAGGACGACAGAGGACUAUCAGCUGAGGACCAUGCUGUGACAAAUGGCCAUCGGCCCUGUGCCCUCCUUAUUACUGAGCACGCUGCCAAAAGGAACCCAGCGCCCUCCCUGUCUCCUCCAGUUGCAUGUGAAGAGACUGUAAAAUCAGAACAAGGCAACCCUUCCGGAGUCCUCGAAACUUGUGGAGGACCAUCCACUAGCAAAGAUGGAACCUAUUCACCUAUUGCUGAAUGUGUUGAUACUAGAGGUGGUCAUGACAUAAAAGAGGAUCUUCAACCAAAAGAGACCGACAUGAACAAAUGGGGACUGCUUUUGAGCAAAUGUGAAGAAGAGAGCCUCGAAAAGAUCGAAUUGUUGGAAGAGCUUGGUUUUGGAAAGUUUGUCUGUAAUGAAGACACGGACAAAUCUAGCAAUAGCAGUAAUGGAAGUCUGCCUGGAUGCAUAGAGGAAAUUAAGCCUGAGGAAUUCCCAAAAUGCCCCAGUCCUUCUCUUGAAGAAGAGUUAGUAGUUGUGUCUCCAAAAGUGGCCUUUACUCUUCCGAUAACAGUCAGCUCGGAUGACAAAAAUGUCAGCGCAUGUCCUACUCCACCUGCACAUCCCCAUGCCUCAAAUGUGAUUCUUCAAGAGAGUGACGAAUCAGAUUGGGACCAAGACAGUUUGAUUUCAUUUUGUAAUGAGACUAAAACAGAGAAACAGCAACUUCAAGAAGCAGUUACAGGAGGCUCCCCUGAAGUAUCAAUGGCAAGUGACGAUAAAAGUAGUUUUCAUUCUGACAAGCAGAAACAAAAGACAGUUCUACCUGAGACCUUGGAUGAGAAGCUUGGCGAAGAAGAGGAGGAGCAAUCUGCCUUAAGUAAUGUUGUUCAAAGUUUGAAGGAGAUACUUGGGUUGUCCAAAUCAGGAGGUGUUAACGGAGAAAAUCAGAGUGACUCUACCUCUGCUGAGCAACAGUCCGGCAAUGAAGAGGACGGACAGUCGAUCGUGCUGUCCAUUCAUUCAGUUCAUGAACCCCACCAGUGGGAGUUUGGAGCAGAAGAUUCUGUGGCGGAGCCCGCUGACAAUUCUCUGAAAGAGGGAAAGAUAGAAGACUGUGAGUUCCCUGCUAGUGAGAACAUCGUGCUUCAAAUAGCAGAAGAAUCACCCUCUAGUGAGGCACCAUAUUCCCUCAAAGCAAAGAAGGAGAGCUGCGUAGACUCUGCCCCCACAAUUUGCACUGCUGGUCACAACACAAACGAUGAGACCAAAGCUGGGCCUAGUCACAACCUUAACCUAGAAGAACCUGAAGUGGCCCCUGAGAUUCCUAAGACAAUGAAGGCUUCCUGUGACACAGGUGAAAGGGCACCAAAGGGGCUUUCAAAAGAGCUACCUGAGACCAGCUUAGCGAAUGAAACUGAACUCUGUCAAAAAGUACGGAAACCUUUAACCUCUCAAAGGCUGGAAUCACAACUUACACAUCAGCUGUCCUUCAACAUCAGACCUGAUGGCCAGUCAGAGGAAAGCUCACAGCUUACAGUGGUUGGUGACGCAUGUGGCCUCAGAGUCCUUCAGAGCAAUGGUGGAAUCAGCAGAGAUCGCUUUGUGUUUGACAGCACUUUAAGUGAUCUGUCGGAAGACGAUGGAAGGUGGCAAUCAGCAGAAUGGCUAAAAAGAACACGAAACACUGUCCUGAACAGUGACGACAGUGAGAUAUCCGAAGAUACUGAUGGUGUCAUUUCAGAGGACUCUGACGUUGCCCUCCACAUUCAGAAAAUGGGCACAGUCACUACAGAUUCCAGAGGUAAGAAGAAGCUGCAAGACAUAAUCAAUGAGAUCCGGUUGCUGAAACCGAAAGGCCCUCUUGGUCCUGUUGGAGAGGGGCUGAGACAACUGGAAAUUGAUAAUCGUGUCUUGGAGCAAAGCAACAUAGAGUUGCAAACUGAUGUCACAAACCUCACAGUUAAGCUGGAAAUGGCCAUUAAAAAGAUUGUGUCGUAUGAAACCACCAAUGAGAAGCUUGAGGAGGACCAUAGACAGGCCCAAAUGCUUUUGAUGCAGAAUCACCAAAAACUGAAUGAACUAAAACAGGAUGCACGAAGUCAGCUCUUCAAGCAAAAAGAGAUGGAAGAGGAGUACAAAAGAAGCAAAUGUAACGAGGAGCAACUGAGAGCAGAACUUGAGGUCUUGCGGGCCGACAGCAGCAUCAAACAGACAGACCUUGCAGAGGAGAACGAGGCCCUCAAGGACCAAGUAGAAGAUCUUCGCCAAGAUCUCAAACUCACCUGUGACAACGAGAACCAAAAUGCCUUGGAUUGGAACAAUACGAUUACCUCAUUAAAGUAUGAGCUACAAUUAGCAAAUGCCAGCCUGGAGACUGAGCAACAGGCUCAGGACAACUUGGUAGCGGAGGUUCAGGCCAUCCACUCCCGCUUGGCUGAGGCCGAACGAGCUCGAUCAGACAUGGAGAAAGCUCUGCUCCAAGAGAAGGAGGAACAUCAGCUACUUAAAAGCGAAGUACCCUGUCAUCGUGAAGCGGUCAACAGACUGUCCCAGAAGUUGUCCAAAGUGAAGGCACACGCAAACACCAUGGAGAGCGAUGUACAUCGAUAUGAGGUCCAAAUGGUUGAGAAGACCAUGCAGCUGAACAUCGUGCAGCGUGAGAGUGAGCAGACAGCGGUGCGUGGUAAAGAGCUGGAAGCUGCUCUGCAGGGCGAAAAGGAGCUGGUUGCUCAGGCUGCAACACGACAAGAAGCCACUCAGGAGCUUCUAAACCAAGCCCAGAGCGAAUGCACGUUGCUACGGAAACGUCUGGAGGAGGCCCAAACCAAAGCUGUUGCGAAUGAGAAUGCUUUGACAGAUGCCAAAAAGAGUUUCAAUGACACUUUGUUCAAGCUUCGCUCCGACUGUGAGGAAAGAGUGCAAAAAGCACACGGAGCACAUAAGGAGCUCUCCUGUAAGGCAACUGAACUUGAAACUUUUGUUCGAAAAUUAGAACAGGAGAAAACAGAGAACCAGAUUAGUCUGAGGCAGCUAAAGCAGGACUUAGAUGACUCAUUAAAGAAGCUAUCAAAGUGUGAAGCUUCUUUGGAAUUCAGCACACGGUAUCGCAGCGAUUUGGAAGAAGACAAGACUCGGCUCCUCCAAGACAUUGACAAGCUCAAAGGAAAGCUGCAGGAAAGAGAAGCCCACCGCAUCCAAGCUGAGAAACAAAUGAAGGACCGAGAAAGUCUUUUAGAUGAAAGAGAAAAAGAACUGAGCUUUGCUGCGCGAAAGCAGAAGGACGCUCAGGCUGCUGUGGCCGCCUCCAAUGAUAUUGCCCAACAGCUUGAGGAGGCUGUGCAAAGGCUGGAGCUUGACAAUAUCAGGCUGGAGGCUUCUGCAAAGCAACAUUCUAACAAAUUUGAUGCGCUUCAGAAGGCGGCUCAGGAGGAGGCAAGGAUGAGAGUACAAUUGGAGGACUUGGUGACAAAUCUUCAAAGCAGGAAGAUUACAUUAGAGGACCAACUCAACAAAGAGGUGCAAAAGCAUAGCGCGUUAUCUAACAGCACCCAGGACACUCAGCUCAUGUGGGAGGAGGAGCUGAAGAGCCGCUCGAAGUUAGGACUGCGUUUAGCAGAGGUCGAAAAGGAAAAAAAUGACAUGAACACCCAGGUGGAAACAGAGAAGAAGAAAUCAGAGCAAAUAGCAGAGCAAAAAAGGGCCGCUGACUCUCGUCUGGAACAAGAGAUGAAGAGAAACUCGGCGCUUCAAAAGGAAAUGUACAGGUUACAAACUCUACUUAAAACUGCUAAGAGGAAACUACAGGAUCAGCAAAUGAGUGGAGCAGACAGAGAAAAAUUAAAUCACCGGAUUAACGACCUUCAGGCGGAGCUGGAGAGAGAGGUGUCUUCCCGCAGCCAGUUGGAGAGGACUAAGAGGCAGCUGGAGGACGAGGUGCUGAGUCUGAGACGGAGUCAAGGACCUUCUUUUGAUGGAGGCUGCUUGGCUUCAGCAGCCAACACAAUGGGCAUCCAAUACAGAUGCCACUGCUCAAAAGCCCUCAGUCCUAUGAGUGAAGGACACACCUGCAGUGUGGAGGACUACCUGGCCAAGAUGCGGCAGGACCUGGACGUAGCCAUGUCAAGAGAAUUAGCCAAUCCCUCUGUCAAACUGGACACGUCUUGGGGGCGUGUGUCACCUGUGAGUCGGGCAAGGCAGCAGUACGUGAAUAUACUGAAGAAGAACCAUGAGGUGUAACCAGUUUGAAGCAUGACAUCACAGUGGAAGGUUUGAAGAGAAGGUUUGGUAUAAUGGCCAUCUGAACCCAACUUGGACUGACUGCUCCUGGCUGAAAUUUGGUCACGGUAGUAAUAGUAGUAGUUGACUACAUGUAUUAGUAUGAAAUCUACACCUCUGCUAAACAUAUGAUAAGUAGUUCCAGGUUUUACACAAAAUAUACAAAAAAAAUGUUUUCACAGUGUUUAGUACUUGCAAGUUUCCUUUCUGAUCUAAAUUCUCAGUGGGUGAAAUGUAUAUUCAUUCCAAAAGGUACUCCUUUUUGUAGUGUAUUGCUCCUCUCCUGAAUGUUUUGUUGUCAUAUUUUUUUUCAGUCAUGAAGUCGCUUUACACUUUAACAAAUGUAUUACAAAUGCAAAUGAAUAGACUAGUUUGUGGAAAUGAUUACUGUGCCUUGCACGAAAUGGACGUGACAGUGGUUGUCUUCCAUGUACUAAUGUUUCGCUGAGUCUGUGUAUUCUUUUGUUUGUUGUUUUAUUUGUUUUCUAGGGGUUCAUUUAACAGCACUUAUUCCAUCAACAGCGUACCUGACUUACACAAAUGUAAUGUGAUUAAAAACUAAUAAACUACUGAGGAUACAGAA